GCCGUCCUUGCUCUCUAACCACACUCUGGACGUCACCGGCUGUUUCUCAUCCUGGACUUACGAGCCUCCUUUUGCUUUGACUUGCAUGCCUACAUUGCGAUAGGGAUAUUGUGCUUGCUUAGCGGUUUAUCAUCUCGUUCUAAGACUCGUUCAACAUGCAUCCAUUCGCUUCCUAUGUGCUUCGCAGCUAUUACCGUAACACCGGUUGGAACGAAGAUAAUUUAUAUGCCAAUCUAACACGGUCUUCUAAUGGUAUGUUCAUCUCGUGAUAAUGUCGCUCUUAAGAGUACUAACCUCAGUCAAGCUAUCUUGGACUUUACCGUGCCCAGAGGCAUACACUUCUCGAUAUCCAAAUCACCCAACCCGUUGUUCAAGACUUCAUAUUCUAUGAAUGCUCUCCCCUCACUUAACGGCUCACUGGGAUAUAUAUUCACCUCAUGCGACCUUGACGUGAAGAAUUCGGGAGAUGUUCGUAUCAAGGAUAUGAUUGACCGCUUUAAAGUCUAUGAUCAACCUCGUAGACCCGAGGGCAAGGAAGAAGAAUGGCUUGCAGGUGAGCGAGUCGAUGCUCGCGAUUAUCUCCUAUACGGUCGUCUAUACAUCCCUACUGGUCGACUGGACGCGCUCUACUCCACGAGAUUAUCACCUACUGUCCAGGCCAUGGUUGCUGCAAUAUCCGACCCCCGAUCAUCAUUCAGUUCGAGCGAACGAUCCAGAGGAAAUAACGGAUCGAAUAGUAACGUUAUGUUUAGCCUUCAACACGAUACCGGCAAAUGGUGUACAGAAUAUACGUGGAGUGCUGAGGACGGAAUGUGGGGUAUUCGAUGCUUGCACAAUUUCGGAAAAUUAUGGACUCCCGCAGUAGACUUGACCGAGCAUUCCGACAAGCACACUUCGAGAAAAUUAAAAAGAGUGGACGAAGAGGAGGCUAUGGAAGGCGGCCUUAAAGGUCGAAUAUCUGCUGGUGCUGAGUUUUAUCUCAGUGCUAAAGAGAAAAGUGCCGGAGUAUCCGCUGGUAUCCGCUUCACAACACUUCCCGAUGCUACACCUCCCUCAUUCCAGGUCCCAUCUUCAGCCUCAUCACCUAUACAUUCCAAUCCACAUUCUUUCUCUCAACCUCCAACGACUAUCACUGCCCUCUUCAACCCAAUGCUUGGCCAUAUCUCGGCCGCAUAUGCUGCAGGAGUGUCCAAAGAUCUCUCACUUUGCUCUCGCUUUGACUUCAAUGUCUACAGCUAUGAGAGCGAAUGGACUGUCGGUGCGGAGUGGUGGACGCGUCGCAGCAAAACAAAACCUACCGUAGACACGGAUACAGAUGAUGUGGAUCCGUCCUUGCCAACACCAACGCUAUUUGCACCAGUGAAUCCCUUGGAAUGUCGGGAUAAUGGUGAUAUUCAAGGUGUAGUGAAAGCAAGAGCUUCAACAACAACUGAUGUUUCACUCAUGUGGGAAGGCCGAAUAAGAAACCUCCUUGUGAGCUUAGGCAUCGUGUCCAACCUGUCGAGUCGUGCAAAACCAAUCAAGGCGAUAGGCCUCGAGUUAUCAUACUUUAGCUCAGGCUAAGAAGUGACCAGACUAACUUUUAGUUUAUGUAUCAUGACAUAUUAUAUUAAUCGGAACAGAUACCAAUUCACUUUCACACCUCUCGCCUAUGUUUAUUCAGCGCACGACAACGGAACGAUAUAUUUUACCCGGUGUUACAAGCCAAACAUUAUAACAAAGUACAGAAUUACGCAACGAUUGAGCGGGAAGCGGUGAGGGUAUCAGAGCAGAACGACAAUAUCCGGGUACUAACUAGAGACAGA